GCCUCUCGCCUAGUCGCCACUUCCAUUCCAAGCUCAGAGCUCCUCCCCCCAUUCUACGACACCCAGGGCGCCGCGGCUGUCUCUGGCUCCAAGGGCCGCGCGAUGGGGUGGGCGGCGCGGUUCCUGACGGCGGCUGCGUUCCUCGCCGCGGGGCUCCUCUUCGCGCCCGACGCGCUGCGCCUCGGCGGCGGCUCCGGCGACGGCAACGCAGCGAGGGCGGCUGCGGCGGCGAGGCUGGUCCACCUCCUCGCGUUCGCCACCGCAUGGGGCGCCGGCCUCUGGGUCACCUUCGUCGGCGGCAUCGUCAUGUUCAAGUACUUGCCGAGGCACCAGUUUGGGAAUCUGCAGGGGAAAAUGUUCCCGGCAUACUUCACGUUGAUAUCAGUGUGUUCAGCUAUAUCUGUGGCAGCAUUCGCAUACCUGCACCCCUGGAAGACAUCAUCAACCAUCGAGCGCUACCAGCUUGGAUUCCUUCUUUCGGCCCUUGGCUGUAACCUGUCAAACCUUCUGGUCUUCACGCCUAUGACUGUUGAGAUGAUGAUGAAGAGGCACAAGAUGGAGAAGGACCUCGGCAUUGGCACAGAGGUCGGGUACUCCAAGAACGCAGAGACAGCGAAGAAGAGCCCCGCCCUGGCGGCGAUGAACCGCAAGUUCGGGAUGAUCCACGGGCUGUCGUCACUGGCCAACAUCAUGUCCUUCGGCAGCCUGGCCAUGCACUCCUGGUACCUCUCAAGCAAGCUCGACCUGUGACUGCUUGACUGAGGGCUUUGCCACGCUCUGAAGCUGCUUCUGCUAGUUGGUGACCACGAACUGUGAACUUAGCCUAGGUUUCUACAGAGGAAAAAAAAAGAGUUCUGUACUUCUGUCCGUGUGAGAACCUUGGCCCUUGCGGCGAUAUGAUGAACUUUAAUAAUGUACAGAACGCAGGCAGUUCGUUUCAUUUUGAAAUUUGUCUAUAUAUAGGAAAUGUCUUUGGCAAAAUUCUGGGAAUUUACAAGGCAGAUAGGUCAAUGA